GAGGUAGCUUGGAGUGCCCGUGUGCCGGCCAGCUCUCUGCUUCCCCCAUCCCGCUACCUGACCGAAAGGAACCGGGCCUCCACCGAGAUGGAGUAUAAAGUCCUGAUCUGCCAAACAAUUCCGUCACACUAAGGCAUUGCGAUCACGAUUCCCCCAUAAACAAGUCAACAAACGUGCACGACAACUGUACCUACCCUUCGGGCGACGCGGCAGGUGGGCCACAACACGGACACGGACAACGGACAAGUCCUGGCGAACGAACCGACCGACACCGAUCCCGACCCCGCGACAAACCAAAACAUCACAUCUUCUCCUCCCAAGACACGCCCCUUUAGCUGACCCGCCUCCUUGGCUGGCACCAUGUCUCAAAUAUUGACCUCUCGGCAGGCCGAUGAGCUACACAGAGCCCUCAUCGCAUACCUAAGUGCCGCCAACCUACCCAACACCGCCGCCGCCCUCCGAGAAGAACUGAACCUAAGCGAAGAGGUCUUUGAUCCGGCCACGGCAAAGAAAUAUGAGGGUCUACUAGAAAAGAAAUGGACCAGUGUAGUCCGACUUCAGAAAAAGAUUAUGGACCUCGAGUCGCGAAAUCAUAUCCUACAGUCAGAGCUCAACGAAACGACGCCUACAUCGCGACAGAACAAAGAUCCCGUCGCCUGGCUACCCCGAGCACCUCCCCGACACACGCUUCAGUCACACAGAGAUCCCAUAACCUGUGUAGCAUUCCACCCUGUUUUCUCGUCUCUAGCUUCCGGAUCAGAGGAUCAGACCAUCAAGAUCUGGGAUUGGGAACUGGGCGAGCUAGAAAGAACUAUCAAGGGCCACACAAAAGCCGUCCUCGACGUCGACUAUGGUGGCCCCCGCGGAAACACGUUGCUAGCUUCGUGCAGCUCAGAUCUAACCAUCAAGCUCUGGGACCCCCUAGACUCGUAUAAAAACAUUCGGACUCUCCCCGGCCACGAUCACAGCGUCAGCGCCGUACGGUUCAUCCCUGGAUCUGGUAACCUCCUGGUUAGCGCGAGUCGCGAUAAGACACUAAGGAUAUGGGACGUUAGCACAGGGUACUGCGUCAAGACAUUGCGCGGCCAUGCCGAAUGGGUGCGCGACGUAUGCCCAUCCUUGGACGGGAAAUAUAUACUCUCUACCAGCGACGAUUACACAAGCAGGCUAUGGGAUGUAACAAUAACGAACCCCGAGCCCAAGGUCACCUUGAUCGGCCACGAGCAUGUCGUGCUGUGUUGCGCCAUCGCACCUCCGGCCGCAUACCAAAAUCUUGCCGCCAUGGCCGGCAUCAAGAAACCACCUGCGACGAGCUCUGCCGAGUUUAUGGCCACCGGCUCUCGAGACAAGUCGAUCCGGUUAUGGGAUGCGCGCGGGACAUGCAUCAAAACCUUGGUCGGCCACGAUAACUGGGUGCGAGGGUUGGUGUUCCAUCCUGGAGGGAAAUACCUCUUGUCCGUAUCCGAUGACAAGACGCUUCGGUGCUGGGAUCUUACACAAGAAGGCAAAUGCGUCAAGACGCUCGGGGAUGCGCAUGGCCACUUCGUCCAGUGCAUCAGAUGGGCCCCGUCGGUUAUCAAGGAUGUGUCGGUGAACGGUGAACAUGGGGAACCAAACGGGACGCCAAAGAAGGGAGGAGCGGCUGCCACCCCAGAGGCUCAGAUCCGCUGCGUUAUUGCGACAGGAAGCGUUGACUUGAACGUCAGAAUCUUUGCAAACUGAUGCAUACGCAUGGCAUAAGAGCAGCUAGAGCAGGACGUCUCAGGCAGAGAGAGCCCAUGCACUGGAAGCAAAGACACAAG